AUGCUCUUCUUCAAGUCUAUCGCUUCUCUUGCUGCUCUUGUCAGCCUGGCUGUUGCCAGCCCCAUUGAGAGCCGCCAGUCUUCCAGUGCUACCUGCGGCAGCACCAGAUACACCGCCGCUCAACUCCGCGCUGCUGCCAGCGCUGCUUGCCAGUACUACCAGAACGACGACACUGCUGGCAGCUCCACCUACCCUCACACUUACAACAACCGCGAGGGCUUCGACUUCCCUGUCAACGGUCCCUACCAGGAGUUCCCCGUCAAGACCAGUGGCGUUUACACUGGUGGCUCUCCCGGUGCUGACCGUGUUAUUAUCAACACCAGCUGCCAGUAUGCUGGUGCCAUUACUCACACUGGCGCUUCUGGCAACAACUUUGUUGGAUGCAGCGGCACUAGCUAA